GGGGGAGAGAAGGGAAGGAAGGAGACCCUUGCACUGUGUGGGGGUUGAUGGAUCCCGAGCCUGCCUGCGUCCCACCAGCCCCCCAGACCCACUGGUGAGAAGGAGUCGCCGGCAGGAUCGGCCAGAGGAGGAGCCCGCCGCGGAGAGGUGUCUUCUAGAAACAUGGCUGGCCAACACAUCCUUCCUCAAGCUUUGUAUCAGAGCAAUAUGCUGAAGGCUAUGAAGAUCAGAGAGAGGACACCUGAGGAUCUAGUCAAACCUCCCAAUGGAAUAAUCCACCACUUCAGGACUAUGCACAGAUACACCAUAGAAAUGUUCAGAAUGUGCCAAUUUUGUCCUCAGUUUCGGGAAACGCUUCAGAAGUCCCUGACUGACCAGGCUACCCAGACUUCACUGGAGCGCCAGAGGAAGCUCAACUGGUGCAUGGAGGUUCGGAGACUUGUUCCUUUGAAGACUAAUGGUGAUGGAAAUUGCCUCAUGCAUGCUGCAUCACAGUACAUGUGGGGUAUUGAAGAUAUCGACCUUGUCUUAAGAAAAACAUUGUUCAGCGCUCUCAGGGAGAUUGACACACGGAACUUCAAGCUCCGCUGGCAGCGGGAGGCUAUUAAAUCCCAGGAGUUUGUAGAAACAGGCCUCCACUAUGACACCCGGAACUGGGAGGAGGAGUGGGAAUACCUCAUUGAAAUGACCUCUCCAGAAAUAUCUGGGGCUCAAAACAGGCUUCCAUAUAAUGCACUGGAAGAAAUCCACAUCUUCAUCCUUGCUAACAUCCUCAGAAGGCCAGUCAUUGUUCUUGCAGAUAAAGUGGUGAGAAGUUUAGAGUCAGGCUCCAGUUUUGCUCCUCUGAACGUUGGUGGUGUUUACUUGCCUCUCCUGUGGCCACCUGAAGAAUGCUACAGAUAUCCAAUUGUGCUCGGCUAUGACAACAUGCAUUUUACACCACUGGUGACUCUGAAGGACAGUGGGCCAGAAAUCCGGGCUGUACCUCUGGUCACCAAUGAACAAGGCAGAUUUGAGGAUUUAAGUGUGCACUUUCUGACAGAUGCAGAAGAGAAGGAGAAAGAGCAGCUGCUAAAAGUCUACUUGAUAGUGAUAGAAAUUCCAGUACAAGGCUGGGAUCAUGGUACAACUCAUCUAAUCAAUGCUGCAAAGUUAGAUGAAGGCAACCUCCCCAAAGAAAUAAACCUCGUGGAAGAUUACUUUCAACUGGUACAGCACGAGUACAAGAAGUGGCAGGAGAAUGCAGAACCUGCUAGAAGAGAGGCCUGUUCCAGGAACAAACAGGAGCUGUCCCUUUCCCAGCUCUCCCUCUUACAGAUGAAAUGUGAAACGCUGAAUUGCCCUUUUUACAUGUCUGUGAACACCCAGCCCUACUGCCAUGAAUGCUUUGAGCAGAGGUCCCAAGCAAAUGGAAGAAAGCAGACCUUCAAAGCAGCACCUGAGAAAAUGAAGGCAGCUGGGUCGGGCUCCUCCCGCAGGGAUAUUUGUGAACCUGGGGGAUGGCCGCCUGAAGGGCCUGUAACAGAGCCUCGCUCCGCACCUCCGACAGCUCCGAGCCUUUUCCUAUAUAGCGAAACCACGGCCAUGAAAUGCAGGACACCAGACUGUCCCUUUACACAGAAUGUGCAACACAAUGGGCUGUGCGAACGCUGCUACAACUCCAGGCAGCUUGGUCCUUGCAACAACUUGGAUAAGCAGAGACAUUUAGACUAUGCCACGUGCAAAAUGUGCUGUCAAAAGGCCAACAGGACCUUCAAUGGCAUAUGUAGCACUUGCUUCAAAAGGUCUACAGAGCAAUCCACAAAUGGCAGCCCCGCUUUCCUGCCCACCUGCCACCAGAGAUCAACGUCUGACCCAUCCCAGAUCUUGCAGAUCCUUCACCAGUACUCCGGCCAUCAGGCUCCCAACAGCCGUGGUGAGGAGCCCCCUCCACCAGCGCUGCCUCCUGGGGAGAACAGGGGAGGUAACCUCUGUAGGAAACCUGGCUGCAAGUUUUUUGGGACAUCACAAAAUGAGGGCUUUUGCACACUGUGUUUCUUUGAGUACAGAGAAAACCAUGAUAGCGCUUUGCUGCGCCACCAGAGGAGAUCUCAGAGGAAGUCUUCAGCUGGGGGUCAGACAGGUACCUCCACUGCUGGCUUCCGUAACACUGUGUCCUGCCAGCGGCGUGACUGUGGCACCCUGGGCAGCACGAUGCUCGAGGGGUACUGCCAGAACUGCUUCAUUAUAGCCCAGAACCAGCGAUUUCAGGAAGCCAGAAGGACAGAAGAACAGCUGGUGAGACAGACAGAAAGAACAGGGCAGCAUGGAGAUGUGCAGCGAGCAGCACUGAGUAGCCAGAAGAGACAGUGUGCUGUGGCUUCAUGUAGAAACAACCAGGCCUGCAGAAGUGAUGACUUGUGCCCAGAGUGCCGGCGACUUAGUCAGCUCCCACCAUCGGGAAGUACCAGGGACCCGGCGGCGCAGGAGCCCCCAAAGCAGCGCUGCCGAGCCCCCGCCUGUGAUCACUAUGGCAAUGCCAAGUGCAACGGCUACUGCAAUGAAUGCUACCAGUUCAAACAGAUUUAUGGCUAGAGGAGGAGCUGGUAAGGAACAAGAAAGGAAUACCAGCUACUUCCUUCCCUGAAAUGGUGCUAUGUCCAAAACACUUCACAGUCCUGGGAAUGGGAGAGUGGGGGGAAACAUAAGCUGUCUGCUUGGUUCAUGUUUAUUCCCAAGAAUGGGAAUAAAUGUCUACUUCCUCUAAACACUGCACACAAGGACUGCUGAGAAGGUCACGUUGCCUUCUACACAGAGCUCUCAUUCAUGACUAAGUUCCUACAAUGCCAUAUUUAAUUCUUGGACUUCCCAGGAGGAAGUGUGAAGCAUUUUGAAUCCAAAGAACUUCCCAGUUCUGCCUCUUUCUCAAUACCUCCCCUUCUCCCAAGCGAGGAGCUGUGUCUUCUGUUGGAGAUGCAGGAGCUCCUUAUGUCUUCAUACAUCAGUCAGAGGCAAGUGCUUCCUGGACGGGAUUCCCCAGGACAGACUGAUGCAACUUCCAAUUGAUGUCUGAAGAAAUUUUGUCCAUGUCCUUGCUGGUGUUCUUACAGAGUUUGCCAAGGUGGGAGCUCCCACAGGUAUUUAGGGAGUUCACGGCGAGCAGUUCUGUGUUUGCAGAGCCCUCAGCAAACUGCAGCCAGAAACAGGACCAGCAUUGGUCUGCUCCUUCAACACGCUUAACCGAACCAGCAUUUAGAUCCUUUCCCUAAACCAAGACAGGUGGAAAUACAGGUGAUUACAGAAGAAAUAUGUGUGAUGGGAAAAAUGUAUCCUGCCAUUUCCCGCUCAUAUGGAAGGAAUUACCUCCAGUGGACAAAAAACCCCCAAAGCCCUUUGUCUUCAGCCUUAGUUCUGAAACAAGAGUGACUCUUCUCUCUCUUGCAUUGCAACUGUAAGGAGUAUGUGUGUGCUGUUUGAAUCCUCCCUCCCCGUUUCUGUCACACUUUCUGUCAUCCUUAAUGUGAUUUUGUCAUGCAAACAGCUUGGAGCUCAGUAACAGAGUUCGUGCAUCCACUUCUCAAUCUGCAAUACUUUCUCUAGCAACCUCACCUUUACCACUGUGCCUGGUACCUGCUUCUCUCUUCUUUCACACCUUGUAAGUUUUCAUCAUCUGUUUUGCUGCUAUGAUUUUGGAGGUGAUACCUCUUCUAACUUGCUUCUCAAGUUUAGAAUCUUUUUCUAGUUAUUAAACAGUUUUUAAAAAGAAAAAAAAUUAACUCAUUACUUGUUUCUGUUAGAUUUUAUAUAUUUUGUGAACCUUAAUGUGAACGUAUGUUUUAUUAAAAUAUUUAUAUUAUUUGAAACAAUGCAA